AUGUCAUCUGACAAGUAUCACUUCUCCUACCAUAACUACUUAGAACUCUGUCUGAUUACAACAACUUCAAGGAAAUUGGAUCGAGAACAGCAGGCAGAACAUUUUCUGGAGAGUCCAGGACUCCUGGGGAGGUUGUGUUCUCGGGUAGUUGAACCCAUUACCUCCCAGCAGGGAAAAGGAGGCCACCUCAUUAGCUGGGGCAUCUGCCUGAGAUCACUUGCUGCCUUGUCCCUGGAAAGGCUGUGUCUUCAGGAAGAUGUGGUAUCCAUUUGCUCCUCCAGCAGCUGCCCCUCAGUGCCCACUCCUCUGCUCCUCCCUGCCGCCCAGCUCUGGACGGGGGCUCUCUCUGUGGGGCGCUGCCCCAAGCCCCAGGAUAAGGUCCGCCUGAGGAUGCUGUACCCAUACUGUGCGCACCAGCUCGGACUCGCAGAAAAUAGUCCUGAGGUGGCGGUGGAGGUGAUGGUGGUGAUGAUGGUGAAUGUAGUGGUGGUGAAGGUGAUGGUGGUGGUGGUGGUGGUGAAUGUGCGCACGUACUUGUGUUGGGGAACAUGUGCAUACGAGGUGACUGUGACAGAUGGCGGUUCCUCUCCAAAACAGUCCACCAUUUGGGUGGUGGUUCAGGUUUUGGAUGAAAAUGAUAAUAAGCCCCAGUUCCCAGAGAAGGUCUACCAGAUCAAGCUGCCAGAACGUGAUCGAAAGAAGAGGGGAGAACCCAUUUACAGGGCUUUUGCAUUUGAUAGAGAUGAGGGCCCCAAUGCAGAAAUCUCCUACAGUAUCGUGGAUGGGAAUGAUGAUGGAAAGUUUUUUAUUGACCCUAAAACUGGCAUGGUAUCUUCCAGAAAGCAGUUUACAGCAGGGAGUUAUGACAUCCUAACGAUAAAGGCAGUGGACAAUGGGCGCCCACAGAAAUCCUCCACGGCCCGCCUCCACAUUGAAUGGAUUAAGAAACCACCCCCUUCACCUAUACCGCUGACUUUUGAUGAGCCGUUUUAUAACUUCACAGUCAUGGAAAGCGAUAGAGUCACCGAGAUUGUAGGGGUGGUGUCUGUGCAGCCAGCUAACACCCCUCUGUGGUUUGAUAUAGUUGGUGGCAAGCAUGCUCGAGAGAUGUUCUAUAUUCUACAGACAGCUUGUGGGCAGAACUGUUCAACAGAAGGGGGGAAUUUUGACAGCUCUUUUGACGCAGAGAAGGGUGUUGGGACCAUUGUCAUUGCCAAACCUUUGGAUGCGGAGCAGAGGUCCAUCUAUAAUAUGAGUGUGGAAGUCACCGAUGGGACAAAUGUUGCUGUCACUCAGGUAUUUAUCAAAGUGCUGGAUAAUAAUGAUAAUGGCCCAGAAUUCUCUCAGCCGAAUUACGAUGUAACAAUUUCCGAGGAUGUGCUUCCAGAUACAGAGAUAUUGCAGAUUGAAGCCACCGAUAGAGACGAGAAACACAAGCUGAGCUACACCGUCCACAGCAGCAUCGACUCCGUCAGUAUGAGAAAAUUCCGGAUUGACCCCAGCACCGGUGUGCUCUACACUGCCGAGAGGCUGGACCAUGAGGCCCAAGACAAGCACAUCCUCAACAUAAUGGUCAGAGAUCAGGAGUUUCCUUAUCGAAGAAACUUGGCCCGAGUCAUUGUGAAUGUGGAAGAUGCUAAUGAUCACAGUCCUUAUUUUACCAACCCACUGUAUGAAGCAUCUGUAUUUGAAUCGGCUGCUCUGGGAUCAGCUGUUCUGCAGGUGACGGCUCUGGACAAAGACAAAGGGGAAAAUGCAGAACUCAUAUAUACCAUAGAAGCAGGGAACACUGGGAACACAUUUAAGAUUGAACCGGUCCUGGGCAUCAUCACUGUUUCCAAAGAACCAGACAUGAUGACGACGGGUCAGUUUGUACUUUCAGUCAAAGUCACAGAUCAGGGCUCCCCGCCAAUGUCUGCCACUGCAAUUGUGCGCAUUUCUGUUACCAUGUCUGAUAAUUCUCACCCCAGGUUCACUCACAAAGACUACCAAGCAGAAGCAAAUGAAAAUGUUGAUAUUGGAACUUCGGUCAUUUUAAUCUCUGCCAUCAGUCAGUCUACCCUCAUUUAUGAAGUCAAAGGUGGAAACAUUGAUGGGAGCUUUACCAUAAAUCCAUACUCUGGAGUCAUCACCACCCGGAAGGCACUGGAUUACGAGCGUACUUCCUCUUAUCAGCUUAUCGUUCAAGCCACGAACAUGGCAGGAAUGGCUUCCAAUGCCACGGUCAACAUUCAGAUUGUUGAUGAAAAUGAUAAUGCCCCAGUUUUUCUCUUUUCUCAAUAUUCAGGCAGCCUAAGUGAGGCUGCCCCAGUCAAUAGUAUUGUCAGGAGCUUGGAUAACAGCCCACUGGUGAUUCGAGCCACCGAUGCUGACAGCAACCGUAAUGCUCUGCUGGUGUAUCAAAUUGUGGAGUCCACAGCCAAGAAGUUCUUCACAGUGGACUCCAGUACUGGUGCCAUCAGAACAAUUGCCAACCUGGACCAUGAAACUAUCGCCCAUUUCCAUUUUCACGUGCAUGUGAGAGACAGUGGCAGCCCCCAGCUGACUGCAGAGAGUCCUGUUGAAGUCAACAUAGAGGUAACAGAUGUGAAUGAUAACCCGCCUGUUUUCACUCAGGCUGUGUUUGAGACUGUCUUACUUCUACCCACCUAUGUUGGAGUAGAGGUUCUGAAAGUUAGUGCCACAGAUCCUGACUCCGAGGUGCCCCCUGAACUGACAUAUAGCCUAAUGGAAGGCAGCUUGGAUCAUUUUUUAAUUGAAGCCAACAGUGGAGUACUCACCAUAAAAAACAACAACCUCUCCAAAGAUCACUACAUGUUGAUAGUUAAAGUAUCUGACGGAAAGUUCUACAGUACGGCCGUGGUCACUAUCUUGGUUAAAGAAGCCAUGGAUAGUGGCCUCCACUUUACUCAAAGCUUUUACUCGACCUCAAUCUCAGAGAACAACACUAACAUAACCAAAGUUGCUAUUGUCAAUGCCAUUGGAAAUCGCCUUAAUGAGCCCUUAAAAUAUAGCAUCUUAAACCCAGGAAAUAAGUUCAAAAUAAAAUCUACCUCAGGGGUCAUUCAGACCACUGGAGUCCCCUUUGACCGUGAAGAACAAGAGUUAUAUGAGCUGGUGGUGGAAGCCAGUCGUGAGCUAGACCAUCUGCGUGUGGCUAGAGUGGUGGUGAGGGUAAACAUCGAAGACAUAAAUGACAAUUCUCCAGUCUUUGUGGGCCUCCCUUACUAUGCUGCUGUGCAAGUUGAUGCUGAGCCUGGGACUCUGAUUUACCAGGUGACAGCCAUUGACAAAGAUAAAGGUGCAAAUGGAGAAGUGACCUAUGUCCUACAGGAUGACUAUGGCCACUUUGAGAUUAACCCUAAUUCAGGGAAUGUUAUUUUAAAAGAAGCAUUCAACUCUGACUUGUCCAACAUUGAGUAUGGAGUCACUAUCGUAGCCAAAGAUGGUGGAAAACCCUCUUUAUUCACGUCUGUGGAACUUCCCAUCACAAUUGUCAACAAAGCAAUGCCUGUGUUUGAUAAGCCCUUUUAUACAGCAUCGAUCAAUGAAGAUGUCAGAAUGGAUACCCCCAUUCUAAGCAUCAAUGCCACCAGUCCAGAAGGCCAAGGCAUCAUAUAUAUCAUUAUUGAUGGGGAUCUUUAUAAACAGUUUAACAUUGACUUUGACACUGGGGUCCUGAAAGUCGUUAGCCCUUUGGAUUAUGAAAUUACAUCUGUUUACAAGUUGACAGUAAGAGCCAGUGAUGCCCUUACUGGUGCCAGGGCCGAAGUCACUGUUGACUUGCUAGUUAAUGAUGUAAAUGACAACCCCCCUAUUUUCGAUCAACCCACAUAUAACACAACAUUAUCAGAAGCAUCUCUCAUUGGGACACCUGUUUUGCAAGUUGUGUGUACUGAUGCAGACUCGGAAAACAAUAAAUUGGUACAUUAUCAGAUUGUCCAGGACACUUACAACAGCACAGAUUAUUUUCACAUAGACAGUGCAAGUGGCUUAAUCCUGACAGCACGGAUGCUGGACCAUGAGUUAGUGCAACACUGCACUUUGAAAGUCAGAGCAACAGAUAAUGGCUUCCCAUCACUGAGCAGUGAGGUCCUGGUUCAUAUCUAUAUCUCAGACAUAAAUGACAACCCUCCUGUUUUUAAUCAGCUCAUUUAUGAGUCGUAUGUGAGUGAAUUAGCCCCCCGGGGCCAUUUUGUAACCUGUGUUCAAGCCUCUGAUGCAGACAGCUCUGAUUUUGACCGCUUGGAGUAUAGCAUUUUAUCUGGGAAUGACCGGACGAGCUUUCUGAUGGACAGCAAGAGUGGCGUCAUCACACUAUCCAACCACCGGAAGCAGAGGAUGGAGCCUCUGUACAGUCUCAAUGUGUCAGUGUCUGAUGGGUUGUUCACGAGCACUGCACAGGUGCAUAUCAGCGUACUUGGGGCUAACCUGUACAGCCCUGCCUUUUCCCAAAGCACCUACGUUGCUGAGGUGAGAGAAAAUGCAGCCGCUGGGACAAAGGUAAUUCAUGUUCGAGCCACAGACGGGGAUCCAGGGACAUAUGGACAGAUCAGCUAUGCCAUCAUCAAUGAUUUUGCUAAGGAUCGAUUUCUCAUCGACAGCAAUGGACAAGUCAUCACAACAGAAAGGCUUGACCGGGAGAACCCUCUGGAAGGAGACAUUAGUAUUUUUUUGAGGGCCCUCGAUGGUGGAGGGAGAACAACGUUUUGCACUGUGAGAGUGAUUGUUGUGGAUGAAAAUGACAAUGCUCCCCAGUUCAUGACAGUGGAAUACAGAGCCAGUGUCAGGGCAGAUGUUGGAAGGGGACAUUUGGUCACUCAGGUUCAAGCCAUGGAUCCAGAUGACGGCGCUAAUUCAAGGAUUACCUAUUCUCUGUAUAGUGAGGCCUCUGUCUCAGUGGCUGACCUCCUAGAAAUCGAUCCUGACAAUGGCUGGAUGGUCACCAAGGGCAAUUUUAACCAGCUGAAAAACACAGUGUUAUCAUUCUUUGUCAAAGCAGUAGAUGGGGGCAUUCCAGUAAAGCACUCCCUCAUUCCUGUCUACAUCCAUGUCCUGCCCCCUGAAACAUUCUUGCCUUCAUUCACCCAGUCUCAGUAUUCUUUUACUGUUUCAGAAGAUACAGCCAUUGGGAGCACAGUGGACACCCUGAGAAUUUUGCCCAGUCAAAAUGUCAGAUUCAGUACAGUUAAUGGGGAAAGGCCAGAAAAUAACAAAGGGGGAGUCUUCAUCAUAGAGCAGGAAACAGGCACAAUCAAGCUUGACAAACGCCUUGAUCAUGAAGUUAGCCCAGCAUUCCACUUUAAGGUAGCAGCCACCAUACCCCUGGACAAGGUAGACAUUGUGUUUACUGUAGACGUAGAUAUCAAGGUACUGGAUUUGAAUGACAACAAGCCAGUCUUUGAAACUUCCAGCUAUGAGACGAUAGUAAUGGAAGGAAUGCCUAUCGGCACCAAACUCACUCAGGUGAGAGCCAUCGACAUGGAUUGGGGAGCCAAUGGGCAGGUCACCUACUCCCUGCUCUCAGAUUCCCAGCCUGAAAAGGUAAUGGAAGCCUUCAAUAUUGACAGCAACACAGGCUGGAUCAGUACCUUGAAGGACCUGGAUCACGAAACAGAUCCCUCCUUUGCCUUCUCUGUGGUGGCCUCUGACCUUGGAGAUGCCUUCUCUCUUUCAUCCACGGCUUUGGUCUCUGUCAGAGUGACAGAUAUAAAUGACAAUGCACCAGUCUUUGCCCACGAAGUGUACCGAGGGAAUGUGAAGGAGAGCGACCCUCCCGGAGAAGUGGUAGCCGUGCUCAGCACAUGGGACAGAGACACUUCCGACAUUAAUCGCCAAGUGAGCUACCAUAUUACAGGAGGGAACCCCCGAGGAAGAUUUGCUCUGGGCCUGGUACAGAGUGAGUGGAAGGUCUAUGUGAAGAGACCUUUAGAUAGAGAAGAACAAGACAUUUACUUCCUCAAUAUCACUGCUACCGACGGGCUUUUUGUCACGCAGGCCAUGGUAGAAGUGACUGUCAGUGAUGUGAAUGACAAUAGCCCAGUGUGUGAUCAGGUUGCAUACACAGCAUUAUUUCCUGAAGAUAUUCCAUCAAAUAAAAUCAUCCUGAAAGUCCAUGCCAAGGAUGCCGAUAUUGGAUCCAAUGGAGAUAUACGAUACUCACUCUAUGGAUCUGGAAACAAUGAAUUUUUUCUAGAUCCAGAAAGUGGUGAAUUAAAAACCUUGGCUCUUUUGGACCGGGAGAGGGUCCCUGUGUACAACCUGAUUGCCAGGGCCACCGACGGGGGUGGCAGGUUCUGCCAAUCUGACAUCCAUCUGAUCCUGGAGGAUGUGAAUGAUAAUCCCCCUGUGUUUUCUUCCGACCACUACAAUGCCUGUGUCUACGAGAACACAGCCACCAAGGCUCUCCUGACCAGAGUGCAAGCCGUGGAUCCUGAUGUGGGCAUCAACAGGAAGGUGGUGUACUCCCUGGCUGACUCUGCCGAUGGCUUCUUCUCCAUCGACAGCUCCUCAGGCAUCAUCAUCCUGGAGCAGCCGCUGGACCGAGAACAGCAGCCCUCCUACAACAUCAGCGUCCAGGCCACUGACCAGAGCCCCGGCCAGGCUCUCUCCUCUCUUGCUACGGUCACCAUCACUGUCUUGGACAUUAAUGAUAACCCCCCUGUGUUUGAGAGGAGGGACUACCUGGUGACGGUGCCUGAGGACACCUCCCCUGGCACCCAAGUGCUUGCUGUUUUCGCCACCAGCAAAGAUAUCGGCACAAAUGCUGAGAUUACAUAUCAAAUCCGGUCUGGGAAUGAACAAGGAAGAUUUAGAAUCAAUCCAAAGACAGGGGGCAUUUCUGUCUCUGAAGUGCUGGACUAUGAAUUAUGCAAAAAGUUUUACCUGGUGGUGGAAGCCAAAGAUGGGGGCACCCCAGCUCUCAGCGCCGUGACCACUGUCAGCAUCAACCUCACGGAUGUGAAUGACAACCCACCCAGGUUCAGCCAAGAUGUCUACAGUGCUGUCAUAAGUGAGGAUGCCUUGGUCGGGGACUCUGUCAUCCUGCUAAUAGCAGAAGAUGCAGAUAGCCAGCCCAACGGACAGAUUCAUUUUUCCAUUGUGAAUGGAGAUCGGGACAAUGAAUUUGCCGUGGAGCCUGUCCUGGGACUUGUAAAGGUUAAGAAGAAAUUAGACCGGGAACGGGUGUCUGGAUACUCCCUGCUCAUCCAGGCAGUAGACAGUGGCAUUCCUGCGAUGUCAUCGACUGCCACCGUCAACAUUGAUAUUUCUGAUGUGAACGACAACAGCCCUGUGUUUACCCCCGCUAACUACACUGCUGUCAUUCAGGAAAACAAGCCAGUAGGCACCAGCAUUCUGCAGCUUGUGGUGACAGACAGAGACUCCUUUCACAAUGGGCCUCCCUUCUCCUUCUCUAUUCUGUCGGGAAACGAAGAGGAGGAGUUCAUAUUGGACCCACAUGGGGUCCUGCGGUCAGCUGUGGUCUUCCGGCACACAGAGUCUCCGGAAUAUGUGCUGUGUGUCCAGGCAAAAGACUCAGGCAAACCCCAGCAAGUUUCUCACUCCUACAUCCGCGUUCGGGUCAUUGAGGAAAGUAUUCACAAGCCCACGGCCAUCCCCCUGGAGAUUUUCAUUGUCACCAUGGAAGACGAUUUUCCUGGUGGAGUCAUUGGGAAAAUCCAUGCCACAGAUCAAGACAUGUACGAUGUGCUCACGUUUGCCCUGAAAUCGGAGCAGAAAAGCCUGUUCAAAGUGAACAGCCAUGACGGGAAGAUCAUCGCGCUGGGAGGCCUGGACAGUGGCAAGUACGUCCUGAACGUGUCAGUGAGCGACGGCCGCUUCCAGGUGCCCAUCGAUGUGGUCGUGCACGUGGAGCAGCUGGUGCACGAGAUGCUGCAGAACACCGUCACCAUCCGCUUCGAGAACGUGUCCCCCGAGGACUUCGUGGGGCUGCACAUGCAUGGUUUCCGGCGCACCCUGCGGAACGCGGUCCUCACCCAGAAGCAGGACAGCCUGCGCAUCAUCAGCAUCCAGCCCGUGGCGGGGACCAACCAGCUGGACAUGCUGUUUGCAGUGGAAAUGCACAGCAGUGAGUUCUACAAGCCAGCCUACCUGAUCCAGAAGCUGUCCAACGCCAGGAGACAUCUAGAGAACGUCAUGCGCAUCUCGGCCAUCCUGGAGAAGAACUGCUCGGGGCUGGACUGCCAGGAGCAGCACUGUGAGCAAGGCUUGUCCCUGGACUCGCAUGCCCUCAUGACCUACAGCACGGCUCGCAUCAGCUUUGUGUGCCCGCGUUUCUACAGGAACGUGCGCUGCACCUGCAAUGGAGGACUGUGCCCGGGGUCCAAUGAUCCUUGCAUGGAGAAGCCGUGUCCAGGGGACAUGCAGUGUGUCGGUUAUGAAGCCAGCAGGAGACCGUACCUCUGCCAGUGUCCACCAGGGAAGCUGGGAGAGUGCUCAGGGCACACUUCUCUCAGCUUUGCUGGAAACAGCUACAUCAAAUACAGGCUUUCUGAAAAUAGCAAAGAAGAGGACUUUCGGCUAGCUCUGCGGCUGCGAACUCUGCAAAGCAAUGGGAUUAUAAUGUACACCAGAGCAAAUCCCUGCAUAAUUCUGAAGAUCGUGGACGGCAAGCUGUGGUUCCAGCUGGACUGUGGCAAUGGCCCGGGGAUCUUGGGCAUCUCGGGCCGCGCCGUCAACGAUGGCAGCUGGCACUCGGUCUUCUUGGAGCUCAACCGCAACUUCACGAGCCUGUCCCUGGACGACAGCUACGUGGAGCGGCGCAGGGCGCCCCUCUACUUCCAGACGCUGAGCACCGAGAGCACCAUCUACUUCGGCGCGCUGGUGCAGGCGGAUAACAUCCGCAGCCUGACGGACACGCGGGUCACGCAGGUGCUGAGCGGCUUCCAGGGCUGCCUGGACUCGGUGGCGCUGAACAGCAACGAGCUGCCCCUGCACAAUAAGCGCAGCAGCUUCGCGGAGGUGGUGGGCCUGACCGAGCUGAAGCUGGGCUGCGUGCUCUACCCCGACGCCUGUGAGCGCAGCCCGUGCCAGCACGGGGGCACCUGUGCCGGCCUGCCCUCCGGGGGCUAUCAGUGUACCUGUCUCUCACAGUUCACCGGGAGAAACUGUGAGUCUGAGAUCACAGCCUGCUUCCCAAACCCCUGCCAGAAUGGAGGCUCCUGCGACCCAAUAGGGAACACUUUCAUCUGCAAUUGCAAAGCUGGGCUCACUGGAGUCACGUGUGAGGAGGACGUGGACGAGUGUGAGCGGGAGGAGUGUGAAAACGGGGGUGCCUGCGUCAACGUGUUCGGCUCCUUUGUCUGCAACUGCACGCCGGGCUACGUGGGCCAGUACUGUGGGCUGCGCCCCGUGGUCGUGCCCAACAUCCAGGCAGGCCACUCGUACGUGGGCAAGGAGGAGCUCAUCGGCAUCGCCGUGGUCCUCUUCGUCAUCUUCAUCCUGGUCAUCCUCUUCAUCGUCUUCCGCAAGAAGGUCUUCCGCAAGAACUACUCGCGCAACAACAUCACGCUGGUGCAGGACCCCGCCACGGCCGCCCUGCUCAACAAGAGCAACGGCAUCCCGUUCCGGAACCUGCGGGGCGGCGGGGCGGGCCGCAACCUGUACCAGGAGGUGGGGCCCCCGCAGGUGCCCGUGCGCCCCAUGGCCUACACGCCGUGCUUCCAGAGCGACUCCAGGAGCAACCUGGAUAAGAUCGUUGACGGGCUGGGCGGCGAGCACCAGGAGAUGACCACGUUCCACCCUGAGUCGCCGCGCAUCCUGACUGCCAGGCGCGGUGUGGUCGUGUGCAGCGUGGCCCCCAACCUGCCCGCCGUGUCACCCUGCCGCUCGGACUGCGAUUCCAUCCGCAAAAAUGGCUGGGACGCAGGAACCGACAACAAAGGGGUUGAUGAUGCGGGAGAAGUGACCUGCUUUGCAGGCAGUAAUAAAGGCAGCAACUCUGAAGUUCAGUCUCUCAGCUCCUUCCAGUCGGAUUCUGGCGACGACAAUGCGUCCAUUGUGACUGUCAUUCAGCUUGUCAACAAUGUAGUUGACACUAUAGAGAAUGAAGUGUCUAUCAUCGAUCAAGGACAGAACUACAACCGAGCCUAUCACUGGGACACCUCUGACUGGAUGCCCGGGGCCCGCCUGUCGGACAUUGAGGAAGUGCCCAACUACGAGAACCAGGAGGGAGGGUCUGCACACCAGGGCAGCACGCGGGAGCUGGAGAGUGAUUACUACCUGGGCGGCUAUGACAUCGACAGCGAGUACCCACCCCCCCAUGAAGAGGAGUUCCUGAAUCAGGACCAGCUGCCCCCUCCCCUGCCAGAGGAUUUCCCAGACCAAUACGAGGCCCUACCCCCCUCCCAGCCCGUCUCACUGGCCAGCACCCUGAGCCCGGACUGCAGGAGAAGGCCUCAGUUCCACCCCAGCCAGUACCUCCCUCCCCACCCAUUCCCCAAUGACACGGAUUUGGUGGGCCCGCCUGCCGCCUGUGAAUUUAGUACUUUUGCUGUGAGCAUGAACCAGGGCGCAGAGACAGCCGGCCCAGCGGACAGUGUGUCUCUAUCCUUGCACAAUUCCAGAGGCACCUCGUCCUCGGAUGUGUCGGCCAGCUGCGGCUUUGACGAUUCCGAAGCAGCCAUGAGUGACUACGAGAGCGUGGGAGAGCUCAGCCUCGCCAGCCUGCACAUUCCCUUUGUGGAGGCUCAACACCAGACCCAGGUGUAG